AUGAAAACGUUAAAGAUUCUGAUACUGUUGUUAGCGGCAGUUCUAGCACAAGCUGGAGUAGUGCCUUCAAGGAUAAGGGAAGGAUACAGUGAAGACAAUACAACAGAAGGACCUACAAAUAGCACAACAGAGGGGUUCCCAAAUAGCUCCUCAGUAGCUCCAACAACAGAAGGUUUCACAAAUAGCACCUCAAGGCCUCCUGUAACAGAAGGGCCUGAAUCGGAGUUUGAAGGAGUGGUGGUUAAAGGUGAUUGUGCUUUCCGAGUAACAGGUGAUUUACAUGAUCCUGCUCCUUUAUUUACAUACCAUGGCACAUACGAGUGGUUGGUGCCAACUCCAGAAGGUGUAGUUGAGCUUAAAAAUGGCCAAUAUAUUGACAUGUAUUGUACAGAUUCCUUUGCUAAUCCCUUCGACAAUAAGUCUGCCAUAACUGCACAGUGUUUGCAAGGUUUGUACUUUUUGGUCAACGGUACAAUUUUUCCCUUCAGCAACUUCAGCUGCUCUGCCUGGCCAAAUUACACAGCACGACGUACGGGCAGACAGUGCAGUGGUGGCACGGAUUUACUGGAAGUUGGUUUUGAAGUACAAGGUGGAUUUUUACAAACCAUGGACAUUUGUCAUGAUGAAAUCAAUGAAGUCACCCGUUAUGUUCAUCAUGUUCUCAAUCCCUCAAGUUCGAUCUAUCAACGUUCCGUAGCCAGACCACGUUUUAUUGAGGCUGAUUUCUAUGCUGGCAAGAAUGUGGACAACUUGUACACCAAAGUGCAACAAAAUAAAACCAUUAGCUCAAUAUUGGGAAUGGAUGCUUCUCCUUACUUCAAUGACACCAUAGAUGUUUUCAUGGCUCGUGGUCAUAUGGGAGCUAAAACAGAUUUUAUAUUUGGUUCACCUCAAAGAGCUACUUUCUUAUUUGUGAAUGUGGCUCCUCAGUGGCAGUCUUUUAAUGGUGGCAACUGGGAACGUGUGGAGGAUGGUGUGCGUAAAUAUGUGUCCAAUAAUUCACUAACUGUUGACUGCUAUACUGGUAUUUGGGGCAUUGCUACGUUACCUGAUGUCAAUGGCACCCAAAGAGAAUUGUAUUUAUCGAUCGAUGAGAAUAAUAAUGGCCUGAUCCCUGUGCCUAAAAUCUACUACAGAGUCGUUAUAGAUCGCGCUACCCGCCAGGGAAUUGUUUUGAUUGGUGUUAACAAUCCUCAUGCAUCUCUGCAACAAAUCAAGGAGGAAUAUACCGUGUGUGAAGAUAUUGGUGAAAAAAUAGAUUGGUUACAAUGGAAUAAGGAGGAUUUACAUAAAGGUUAUUCAUAUGCUUGUUCAGUGCCGGACUUUCUUAGGGUUGUCAAAGAUUUGCCAGUUGAGAAUCUGGAAACCACUGGAGUUUUGGGGAUAAAUGAAGUUGGCUGCUCUUUCCGUGUUAGUGGUGAUUUAAAUGAUCCUGCUCCUUUGUAUGCCCGGGCAGGAGUUUAUGAUUGGUUAGUUCCCCAACCAAAUGGUCUGAUUGAACUGAAGUAUGGUGAAUCAAUUGAUAUGUAUUGCAGUAAUUCUUUCGUCAAGCCUUUCCAAAAUCACUCAAAAAUUAGCGCACAAUGUUUGAAGGGUUAUGAGUAUCUAGUAAAUGGUGAAAACUAUAACUUCACCAGUUUCAGCUGUUCGGCUUGGCCCACUUAUACAGCCAGGCGCACAGGCAGACUUUGUAAUGGAGGCACUGAUUUACUGGAAGUUGGCUUCAAGGUAUCGCAAGGAUUUUUGCAAACCAUGGAUAUUUGUCACGAUGAAAUCAAUGAAGUGACCCGUUAUGUUCAUCAUGUACUCAAUCCUUCCAGUUCGAUGUAUCAACGUUCUGUGACCCGGCCGCGUUUCAUUGAAGGUGAUUUCUUUGCAGGCAAAAAUGUGGAUAACUUAUAUACCAAAGUGCAACAAAACAACACCAUAAGUUCGAUAUUGGGCAUGGAUGCUUCGGGUUAUUUCAACGACUCCAAAAAUAUUUAUAUGGCUCGUGGCCAUAUGGCCGCCAAAGUGGAUUUUAUAUUUGGUUCACCACAACGCUCCACAUUCUUCUUUGUAAAUGUGGCUCCUCAAUGGCAGGCUUUCAAUGCUGGUAACUGGGAACGUGUGGAGGAUGGUGUACGUAAAUAUGUCUCCAACAAUGGCUUAACUGUAGAUUGUUAUACUGGUGUCUGGGGCGUUUCCACUCUGCCCGAUGUUAAUGGCACUCAUCGAGAACUGUAUCUGGCUUUUGAUGAAAACAACAAUGGUUUGAUACCAGUACCCAAGAUAUAUUUCCGUGUGGUAAUCGAUCGUGAGAGUCGCAAAGGCAUUGUUUUGAUCGGUGUCAACAAUCCUCAUGCUUCCUUGCAACAAAUCCAAAAUGAAUAUAUCGUUUGUAAUGAUAUUGGCCAUCAAAUAGACUGGAUAAAUUGGUCCAAAGAGGACAUAAUUAAGGGCUAUUCAUAUGCCUGCUCUGUGCCCGACUUUUUGCAAACGGUGCAAGAUUUACCCUUAGAUAAGCUGCAAACUACAGGCGUUUUGGGUCUUCGGUCGGUGUAUUGGAUGGUUGUAGCUGGUAGAAUGAUGUCGCGAGUUUUUGUGAAAGUUUUUCAACAACAUUAUUAUGUUGCCGUGUUAAUUGUAUUGACAUUGUCCAGUGAGUUGUUUGUUGUUGAUGUGGAGUGUCGUCGAGCCAUUCAACCUGUUGAAGAUGUGGAAGACAUUGUUAAACAAUUAAAUAAUAUAAAUUUAAAUGUUGUCGAUAAUGAAGGACCUCCUUGUUUAUUGGACGUACAACAGGAUUUACCAAAGGGAAACACACCACAACCUCUAUACAUCAUACCAGAUACGAAUCAAUUUUGGUUACCCAAUGCGCGUGGACAAUUACAAGUACCACGUGGUGCAGCUAUUGAAUUACAUUGUUCCAAGUCAUUUGCCAAUGCAACGGAGGGCAACAAUGGCUCAGCAUCAUCCACCAACAAGAACCAGAACAACAGGGCAAAAUUUAGUAAUAUCCUUCAAGUGGCCAAGAAUACAAAGACUUUGCGACCACGUUGCUUGCACGACAAAACGUUUUUGUGGCAGGGAGAGAAGUACGAGUUUCCACAAUUCAUUUGCGAACAACCGGCAAAGUAUAUGGUUGAACAAUUGUACGAAAAAUGUCCAACUAUGACAGAUGGCCAGGCAUCCGUGAAAGCUCAAAUGUACCGUGUAGGUUUCAACAUCAGCAGUAGUCGUUUUUUAGAAACAAUGCGUAUAUGUUAUGACGAUACGGUGUUGAGCACAUUGUACGUGCAACAUACAUUGUUGCCGGCCAACAUACACUUUCAGAGAUCCAUUAAGCGCUUGAAUUUCAGCAAAGCUGGCCAUUUCAAAGAUGUCAAUAUGAAUCACCUUUAUACACAACAAUACCAGCGACAGCAAGCAGCAGCUUUGUUGCAGGGCCAGCAUGAGCAUCUUUUCGACAACAAUACUCUGUUUUUGGCUCGUGGCCAUUUGGCUGCUAAAUCUGACUUUAUCUAUGGCAAUCAGCAGAGAGCCACCUUCAACUUUUUUAACGUUGCACCACAAUGGCAGGCAUUCAACGGCGGCCAGUGGGCUGCCCUUGAGGAUGAAGUGCGUAAGUUUGUUGCAAAGUCACAGCUGCUGGUCGACUGUUAUACGGGCACCUUUGGUGUAUUACAAUUACCGUACAAAGCAGCUGGUGGUGAUGGUGGUCUGCACUAUCAUGAUUUCUAUUUAACCAUGGACAUGAACAACAACGGCAUCCUACCCGUGCCACAGUUGUACUAUCGUGUCCUAAUUGAUCGCUCUGGUUAUGCCACGCGUGGUAUAGCUUUAGUUGGUGUAAAUAAUCCUCAUGCCACACUAAGUGAAAUCCACGCAUCAUAUAUAAUCUGCGACGACAUUCACGACCAGGUGCCCUGGUUGCGCUGGAUGCGGAAUAAAAAUUUAAAAAAGGGUUUCAUGUACGCCUGUCAUGUGCCUGAUUUUGUUGCAGCUGUUGGUCAUUUACCAAAAAGUCUGUUAAAUGUUACAGAACUUCUAGUCUAAAUGAAAGUAGAUUAAAUUUAAAAGUGAAAAUUUCAAUGAAUCGUUUAGCUAAUGCAUUGGUUUAUUAAUUUAUUUAGGGUGUAGAAUAAGCUAUUUAUUUUCUUUGUAAUAUUUAUUUAAUUUGUAAUAUUUAAUGAAAUAAAAAUGUAAUGCAAUUGUAAUUUUAAAGAAAUUGAUUUGCAUAUGUAGAUAAUUCUUAAA